CAGCUGCAAGUCAUGGAGCAAACGUUAAAAGCCAAAUUCAAACCCUCUGCCGUCCCACCAUGUCCUCUAAAUCCGCAUCGUCACCUGCAACGUCGCUCAGCGUCGUCAACGCUGAAGUUGCAGUUCAGGAAGACAGUCCUCGCUCGACUGGGAUCCCCGCGGGUUCGCCGUCCGCAUCAAUAGCGUCAGCGCGCAGAGGGUCGAUCGCCGACGCUGCUGGGAUUGAUUUGAGUGCGAUAGGCAAAGCGGAGGCCAGGAAGGUCAUGUCCGAGGAACACAGGAUGCUCGGAUUCCGCCCUCCACACGGCUCGCUCGCCGCAGAAGUCCAAGCUGCAGCAGCCAAGCAUCCCGAGGGCAACCCGGAGAAACAGCGGCCGGACGUUGCCAAGUUGAAAGAGCUCGCCCGCCAGGACGCGAUUCGGAUCCUAACUGAGCGCAAGCACACCAGCGAAAUAAGCCCCAUUGACGAGGCGGACAGAAAUGCAAAUUCGUCAUCAUCCACCGGAGGCGUGAACCUCAGCACUAUUAGCGUCGCUGAAGCGCGCGCACUCAUGUCUCACGAGCAUCGCGCUCUCGGCUUCCGGCCACCGCCUGGCUCGCUUGCAGCGGAGGCCCAAGCGGCUGCGGCCAAACAUCCUGAAGGAGAUGGCGACACAGUUGACUGUGAAGUGCUGAAAGAGGUGGCGUUGCGUGACGCGGAGCGCAUAAAGGCAGAUCGCGAGCUGAACGUAGCUGGCGAGGUAUAUGUCAGCACAGUCGGCCAGGUCGGGGCGGAAACAGCUGUCUCUGCUACUGAGGGCGCUUCUGGUCACACUCCACCACCGAGCGGGCUCGCUGGUGAAACAAACAAAGCGACAUCUGCGCAUCCUGAAGGGGAUAGCUUCCCUGCAUCGGACGAGGACAGCCAUCGGCUGGAGGAAAUCGGUGAGCAUGAAGCGAAGAAGUUGAAGGAGCUGGAAGGAGAACCGAAGGUACAGAGCGGACACAGUUCAAAUAAGGACUGCGCCACACAGGUUCGGGAUGACACGAAGUACAUCACAAACGAGGCCGAUGAUAUCGACCUCCACAUAGGUGACUCGGUUCCUGCGACUGAGCCUACAGAUAGCUAUAGUGCCGAUCCCGUGGAUCCAGCGAACCUUGCCACUCAGCAUGGUGUAGGUACAGUGCUUCGAUCGGCAGCGAUGGUACGCUCGGAUUCCUCAAAUGAUUCGGUGCAGAUCAUUGGUGACGUAGUGGGUUGAAAAUAUAUUAGAAGAGAGAUAUGCUGGCGGAAAUAGAACUCUUUCAACAAAGCAGAGGCGUAUUGCACCACGAUAGCGAAUAACAUUAAUUAUCCCCAAAUUUGUAUCUGCAGUCGAACCAACCUUCCCAAGUC